GACAUCAGCGCGGAGGGGCGCGCGGGGAGGGCGCGGGCGGGGCCUGGAAGGGGAGUGUCCUGGCUGCUCCCAGCCCCGAAAGCCCGAGAGCCAGAGGGAAACAAACGCCGGCGCUGACAGGGGCCGCCAGCCCCGCCGCCGCGCGGAGCCCAAAGAGGGGACAGCGCAGCCGCCCCGGUCCGGCGCUCUGGUCUCCGGGGACCGAGCCUUAUGAUCUCAUUGCGUCCCCCUCUGCCCACCAGACUUGGACUUCAGAUCUGACCCCAGACCUGCCAGCUACCUCAGGAGGGCCCACCUCCCCACCCGCCCAGCAAAAUGCCGAUCCUGAAGCAGCUGGUGUCUAGCUCGGUGCACUCUAAGCGCCGUUCCCGAGUGGACCUCACGGCCGAGAUGAUCAGCGCUCCGCUGGGCGACUUCCGCCACACCAUGCACGUCGGCCGGGCCGGAGACGCCUUUGGGGACACCUCCUUCCUCAAUAGCAAAGCUGGCGAGCCCGAUGGUGAGUCCCUGGACGAACAGGCCUCCUCUUCAUCUUCCAAACGCAGUCUCCUGUCGCGGAAGUUCCGGGGCAGCAAGCGGUCACAGUCGGUGACCAGGGGGGACCGGGAGCAGCGGGACAUGCUGGGCUCCCUGCGGGACUCGGCCCUCUUCGUCAAGAAUGCCAUGUCUCUGCCCCAGCUCAAUGAGAAAGAGGCCUCAGAGAAGGGCACCGGUAAGCUGCCCAAGAGCCUGUCGUCCAGCCCUGUGAAGAAGGCCAAUGGUGGGGAGGAUGGCGACGAGGCGGGUGUGGAGGAGGCAGUACCCCGUCGGAAUGGGGCCAUGGGUCCCCAUUCCCCAGACCCCCUCCUCGACGAGCAGGCCUUUGGGGACCUGACAGAUCUGCCGGUUGUGCCCAAGGCCAGCUAUGGCCUGAAGCACGCGGAGUCCAUCAUGUCCUUCCACAUCGACCUGGGGCCCUCCAUGCUGGGUGAUGUCCUCAGCAUCAUGGACAAGGACGAAUGGGACCCCGAGGAGGAGGAGGGCGGUUACCAUGGCGAUGAGGGCGCUGCUGGCACUGUCACCCAGGCUCCCUCAUACACUAUGGCCGCCACUGCCCUGGCAAGGCAAGAAGGCAAAGCUGGCCCAGACUUGCCCUCCCUCCCCUCCCAUGCUCUGGAGGACGAGGGGUGGGCAGCGGCCGCCCCCAGCCCCGGCUCAGCCCGAAGCGUGGGCAGCCACACCACACGGGACAGCAGCUCCCUGUCCAGCUGCCCCUCAGGCGUCCUGGAGGAGCGCAGCCCUGCCUUCCGGGGGCCAGACAGGGCCCGGGCUGCUGCCUCGAGGCAGCCGGACAAGGAGUUCUCCUUCAUGGACGAGGAGGAGGAGGAUGAAAUCCGCGUGUGAGCAGACAGCGGGUGGCCACCCGGAGCUCUCGGCUGCAUCUUCUCCCUGCCUCCACCCCACUAUGACCUUUGACCCUACGGUGCAGGGGCAGCCAGGAGCCUUGCUUCGAACCGCGGACCCUGGACCUUGUAGAUGAGGGACAUUGGCCUGGCCCCCGGGCCUUCGGAGGACUUGAGGGGCUGGCAUGGGGGCCGGCUGGCUGCCUGACUGCAUCACGCUCCCUGCACUUGGGCUGCGUGGGACAAGGGCUGUUUUCGCAGCAGGAAUCGGCUUUCCUCUCUUGGCCUCCCUUUCUUCCACCCUGGCCUCAAAUGGAUGCCAGAUGCCGACCUGAGUUCCUGCCACGUGCGGCCAGCAGGUCAGCUGGGAGGCAGCCUCGGCUCCAGGGAUGAGGACACUCGGCUCCCCUUUUCUCUGCUGGCAUUUCUGCUGUGCUCAGCGGUGGCUGCUGGGGAUGCAGCUGCAGCAGGAGGAAGGAGGGGGUCUUGCCUUUCAGCCCCUCCCUGCUCCACUCCAGCUGCUGUUCUGGAAGUCUGGAACCCCUCGGAGCUGAGCUGGACCAGGGGCAGCCGCGAACAUGGGCACUAAACGCAGCCCUUUCCCUGGGAAGAGACCAGGAAAGCCCUCAGGCUUCUGAAAUUGCAAGAAGGGACCCUUCCAGGAUGACACUAGGAACAGGGCUAGGGCCCUCGCUCAGUCCCUAGGAGCUCAUUUGUUCUUUAUUAUUAUGUUUAAAUCCUUAUAGAGCAGUAUCAGGACAGCGUUAAUAGGUCUGCCGCAGGAGAAUCAAUCCUUUUAGAAAACCUUUAUACUAAGCUUCCUCUUUGAAAUUCACAGUGGCGACGAGUGGGCUGGAGUCUGGGACAUCCAUGGCAAAGACACUAGCUCCACUUUAGUGCUUCCCAACUUGAUUUAGAAUGACACGGGGUGGGUGCCCGGUGUGUGUUUUCCCUACCCACCCCCCAUAGCUAUUAACAACUGAGGAAGGCCAGUGUAGAACAUUUUUGGAGAAUGAUUUUUUUUUUUUUUAAAUAAUCAUUUCUAUGGGAGGAAAAGUUUUUUUUGGGGGGGUAGUUAUUCCCUCCCUCUCCCCCACUCAUACCCUCGGUACUGACUACUUCCCCUUCCUUUCUCAGGCCUCCCCCUCAUCCCAUACUUCUGAGGCCAGGGGUGCCAGAUUUAGCAAAACCAAAAUGGGGUGCUGAGUUCAAUGUGAAUUUCAGGUAAACAAAAAAUAAUUUUCUCGAAUUAAUAUGCCCCCACGCAAUACUUAGAACACUUAGGCCAAAAGUUAUUUGUUUUUCUGAAAUUCAAGCUUCUCUCUGAGUCCUGUAACUCUCCCGAGGGGACUGAGCAGAAGCUCAGGGGGUCACCCCAAGGUUGACUGCUGGUUAUUCUUCUGUUCUGGGAACGGCUCAACCCACCUCCCUGUCUCCCUGUAGCCAGUGCGGGGAGGAGAGAGGCAGAACCAACCACAACCAGGGGCGUCCCCAUGGAGACUCUGGCCUGGCCUCCUCUCUCUUGCCUGACUGAGACACUAACUUAGUUCCUGGUUCGGUGCCCUGUUGGUGCUCCUGUUUCCAAGAGCUUAACGCCCACGGUGGGGGAGGAAUCGCAGGGGCUGAGCGCCCCACCAGCUGCCCUCAAAUCCCAUCCAGGCGAGUUCCAGACUCUAAACUGAAUUUUUUUCAUGAUACUGUCAAAGCAAUGAGGAAUCAUUAAAGAAAAAAAAAAAAGCCCUACAGC